GGAGCAAGAAGAAGAAGAAGAAGACCGGGCCUGACUGCGGCAACGACGUGGGUGUGGGACACAAGAUUCCUGUGGACUCCACCCAGCUGCUCGGUUCCGGGAAAUGUUCGAGCGGAACGCAGAGUGAGUCUCGCGGGGCCCAAGACCCACUCCGAAGUCUUCCGACUACUUUCCACUGCACCAAUUUAGUCUUCAUCUUUCAAGUUAGAAUCCGAGGGACUUUAUCCCGGGCAAGAUGUCUAGGUCGGACUAUCCUCCAGGUUACGACGACUCCCAUAACCCACCGUAUGCACCCCACGGCGGCAAUUACCCAGCACCCCCUGCCUAUGGCUUCCCGGGCUUCGGCGGACCUCAGCCAGGACAGCCUCCGGCUCCCUACCCCAGCGGUCCAAACACCCCUCUUUUCCUGGGUCAACCACAUGGCUAUCCUCCGGGCCCAUACCCGGGACAGCCUUAUCCUGCUGGGCCUCCUGGAGCUGGCUAUCCCAGUCAGCCCCCAAUGCCCCCCGUCAUCCCACGUAAUAUCCCUUCGGAUGUUAUAACAUCUGAUGACGAUUUUGCUGCUAGAGGAAGCGACUGGGACAGUCUGAGCAUUCGGCAUGCUUUCAUCAGAAAGGUGUAUUUGAUUCUGGCAACCCAGCUCCUUUUCACAACAGCUAUUGUGGCCGUUUUCACCUUUGUGGAACCGGUCAGAUAUUUUGUGCAGCGGAACCAGGCUGUCCACUGGGCAUCAUAUGGCGUCUAUCUCAUUACCCACCUUGUGUUGGUUUGCUGCAAGGGCCCCCGGAGGACGUUUCCUUGGAACUUCAUAUUGCUCUCCAUCUUUACCCUGGCUCUAUCUUACAUGACUGGCUCCAUAGCUAGUUAUUACGAUACAAAGGCAGUGUUUCUCGCUUUGGCCAUCACUGCUGUCGUCUGCAUCGCUGUCACAGUCUUCUGCUUCCAGACCAAGGUGGACUUCACCAAAUGCCGGGGCUUGUUCUGCGUGCUUGGCAUCGUCGUCUUCGUGACCGGCAUCAUCACUGUCAUCGUGCUGUCUUUCAAAUACGUCUACUGGCUUCACAUGCUUUACGCUGCGAUAGGAUCCAUAGCUUUCACCUUGUUCUUGGCAUACGACACGCAGCUCCUCAUCGGCAACAGGAAGUACUCCAUCAGUCCGGAGGAAUACGUAUUCGCCGCACUGAACAUCUACGUCGACAUGGUUCAGAUCUUUCUUUUCCUGCUGCAGAUUAUCGGCUCCAGCAAAUAAGUCUUUUCGGGAUACACAAGCAGUUAUGUCGACAACGUUGCUGCAAAACCAGUCCCGAGCUGUUUCAAGAUUUUGCUUUGUUUCCACGCAUACUUAUAGAAUGUAUAUCAUGCUGCACUCAAGGGCUGGAUUUGAGUUUUUUUACUGUGCAAAACAUUCCAAUGCACUCAUAUAUUUCUAAUUAUACGCCGACAACAAAAGUAUACUGGUGUCAAAAGUUUAGCUAGUCUCGCUGACUUGAAGUGAAGAAUAGCCUUUAUUUUUUUAAGGGUGUGGGGUGGCUCUACCUGUACUCAUUCAGUGCUGAAAUGUCUCCAUUACAUCUGCGGAAGUUAUAACUGGGUUGUACUUGUAACUGUUCCACACUAGUUUGAUUUGUGCUUCAUGAGGACUGGUUGAAUAGAAUUGUAACUGUUACAUACAUUAUCUACUACUGUAUAUUUGUUGCAUAAGGUAUUUUUGUCAGUCUUUCUCUUGUUUUAUUAUGGAUUUGAUAGUUUGCCAACUUGUUUCCCCAUAUACUGGAGUACGGCGGAGGGCUCACCAACGAAUCACAACAGCAGCCUGUGAGCCUGUUCAAAAAAAGCGACAUUGUAAUUUUCUCGGAACGCUGGAAAGUGAUCAUUUGAAAAUGAUUGAAAAAUGUAUUUUUUCUCUCCCUACCUUGUGUAAUCAUUAAUUGCUGUGAGAAAUUAAUCGGUGUAAUUAGGAUUUCAAUAUAUUUGAAAAAUGUAUUCUUUUGUAUUGCAUUCUCAAAUAACCCAAAAGUAUGUUUCAGAAUGAUUGGGGAGACCCUGAGGGUAUCUAUGGCUUGUAAAUACAAUGUUUGGCUUUUAAUAUAACAAUAAAUAGUUUUGUGA